AUGGCGGACAGCGGCGGCGAUAGCUGCCACGACGAGAAGUUUUCCCUUCUAAGCGUAGACAGCAACGGAAUCGACCGAUCGUGGCGGUUGAACUUCGACGGAUACCAGCGGUCGCCAGAGCACAAGGAGAAAAAGCAGCCUCGUGGAAUCCACGAUUGCUGUCCAGGAGUUUCAGGUCCAGAAGAUCAUAUUGCAGUGUACUACCAGCAGCAGGUAGAAAUGCUAGAGGGAUUCACUGAGAUGGAUGCCUUAGCAGACCGUGGCUUUAUUCCUGGAAUGUCAAAGGAGGAGGAGGAAAGGUUGGCGAAAAGUGAGACUUUUGCCAUUAGAAUCUCAAAUGUGGCUAAUAUGAUUCUUUUUGCUGCAAAGGUCUAUGCAUCAGUCCGAAGUGGUUCAUUGGCCAUUAUUGCUUCGACUUUGGAUUCUCUACUCGAUCUUCUUUCAGGCUUCAUCCUCUGGUUUACUGCUUUCUCCAUGCAAACUCCAAACCCUUAUCAAUACCCUAUUGGAAAGAAGCGCAUGCAGCCUUUGGGAAUUCUUGUUUUUGCAUCUGUAAUGGCGACUCUGGGACUGCAGAUAAUCUUGGAGUCGGCACGUGCAUUAAUGUCUAGUGAGAAAGAAUUUGUUCUUACCAGAGAUCAAGAGCGUUGGGUUGUGGGAAUAAUGCUGUCAGUAACCCUGGUGAAACUGCUUCUGAUGGUCUAUUGCCGCACGUUUACCAAUGAGAUUAUCAAAGCCUAUGCUCAAGAUCACUUCUUUGAUGUUGUCACAAACUUCAUUGGCCUUUUUGCUGCACUUCUUGCUAACUACAUUGACGCCUGGAUGGACCCUGUUGGAGCCAUAAUUCUGGCAUUGUACACAAUCCGGACAUGGUCAAUGACCGUUCUGGAAAACGUGCACUCCCUCGUUGGCAAAUCGGCUACUCCAGACUAUCUCCAGAAACUCACCUACCUCUCAUGGAACCACCACAAAUCCAUCAGGCACAUUGAUACGGUCCGGGCUUACACGUUCGGUUCCCACUACUUUGUGGAGGUUGACAUCGUGUUGCCUGCAGAUAUGCCACUGCAGGAGGCCCACGACAUUGGCGAGUCGCUGCAGGAGAAGCUAGAGCUGCUGCCAGAGAUCGAGAGAGCCUUUGUUCAUCUCGACUAUGAGUACUCGCACAAACCCGAGCAUGCUCAAUCAUAA